AUGCCAGUGGCUUUAGGGCAUUUCCUUCUUAUACUUGGAACAGUCUACCUGCAAAAAACAAGCUGUCCAUCAAUGGCUCUCCAACAAGAUUCAAGAUGUGGGCAGAAAGUCUAUGGAAGUGAUUCAUGGGGGUUUUAUAGCCACUUUGCUCGGAUUGUUGGUGGAAGCCAAGUACAACAAGGAUCACAUCCAUGGCAGGUUUCCUUGAAAAGAAGUAAUCACCAUUUCUGUGGAGGAACCCUUGUUUCCACUCAGUGGGUAAUCACAGCAGCUCACUGUGUUGUAAGCAGAUCACUGCUCCGUUUGCUGACUGUCACUGCUGGAGAACAUGAUUUGAGUCUGAAAGAUGAGGAAGAGCAGACCCUCUAUGUAAAAGACAUAAUUAAGCAUCCCAACUUUAAUAGGAAGAAACCAAUGGAUUUUGAUAUUGCUCUUCUAAAAAUGGAUGGUCAUUUCAAAUAUGGUGCAGCAGUAUGGCCAGUCUGUCUUCCUGGCCCACGUGAAAAAUUUGAUCCAGGAUAUAUAUGUGUCACUUGUGGUUGGGGUCGUUUAAGAGAAAAUGGGAUCCUUCCUGACAUUUUGCAUGAAGUCAGAUUGCCCAUCUUAGACCAGACUCAGUGUUCUGGAAUCUUGUCAGCUCUAAGGAGGCCUAUUCGAAGCCACACUAUAAUGUGUGCUGGAUUUCCAGAUGGAGGAAAAGAUGCUUGCCAGGUUGUAUUUGGUUUAAUUGAAAUGAUCCACGAUAACAUAUUAUAUAUUCACAAUACAGCAUCGUGUAACAUUCAAGAUGGUGCACUUUCUGGCAGUGAAGGAAAAUUGAUUUUUCCUGAAUUCCCAAAGCAUUUUUAUCAGGAUAACCAGCUCUGCGUUUGGACUUUAUCUGUUCCAGAAGGGAGGCAUAUAGUGUUGAAUUUUUCUCAUUUUGAUGUGGAGCCAGAUGCAUUCUGUGACUAUGAUUCUUUGUCAGUGAUUUCUAUGGAUGAUAGACUCAUUGGGAAAUUGUGUGGAAUGGACCUUCCACUACCUAUUUUGAUUGGUUCAAACAGCGUAAGAUUGAAAUUUGUCUCAGAUAACAAGGAAGAAGGAACUGGAUUUACCAUGACAUACCUAGCUAUUAAGCCAGCUAGUUUUCUAGAUUCUGGCUGUGGACCUCUAGCAGUUCUCUUUAAAGAAGGAACAGUGCAAAGCAUGCACUAUCCUGAAGCAUAUGAUAACCUGGCAGAAUGUCAAUGGAUUGUUCAUGCUCCAAAAAAUCAUGUUGUUAAGCUUGUCUAUGAACACUUUGAAUUGGAAGAAAAUGAAGACUGCACUUAUGACUCAGUGACAGUCUACGAAAAUGUUGCAAAGGAGAAAGAAAUAGCUCGAUUAUGUGGAUUUGCUGUCCCAGCACCAGUUUUGAGUUCCUCUAACACCAUGCUUAUCCAGUUUCAUUCUGAUGAAACAGAGACCUAUAGUGGGUUCAAAGCCGUAUUUUUCUUCAUUGAUGUUGCAG